CGUCCACAACUCUCAGUUCUCACGCUAAGCCAGCUGAGAGAUUUUCUUUAAGUGCAGGCAUGCCUUACAACCUAUACAGCCUUAAAGCAAUACGACUAAUAGGUUGAAUGGUAGUGGGAAUACCUGGCAGAGGGUAAAUGACUUCCACCCACCUGUGUAGAUCUUACCUUUAAACGAAACGCUGGACAGGUGAGCAUUUCAGUUGGACUUUCAUGAUACAGAAAAAAACGAGGCCCUUGUAUCGCGGACGUGGGUAUCAGUAACGCCCCACGCAGAUAACUAAGUGAUGAUCGGAGGGAAGUCUUACCACGCUUACAGUUCAGAUAACAACCAGCGAAGACACCACAAGUGCGUGGAGGAAAUUUAACUACACUUAAAACACAGAGGACUACUUUCACACAAAGGAGACAGCUAGAGACGUUAAGACAAAAAAAAAAAAAAAGAAAAAGACAGACGCGGGCGGUUCCUGUUACAGAGAACCCGCAUGAUAUACACACGCUGUCUUCAUAAACAACUACAAUUAAGGACCCUGGGAGCUGAAGACAGGAAUAUCUCUCAUCAGUGCAUAUACUUUAGGAUUACAACGUCAACAUUGGGGAGAUAGUGAGGCGUUAUUUGGGGCAAAGGAUUUGUCGUGAUUAAAGCCCUAGGGAAGCGUAUAUUGUAUCAUUUUUCCCAAGGAAUACACUACGUUGUGGUUGUGUUGUUUCGGAUUUCAUCGUUAUUGCUAUGAGGUGACGUCACGCUAAUUGCUGUGACGUCAUUGUAGGGAUAUACAGAGUCGUGACGUCAUUUGAAUGGUAGAAAGUGCCAGGAUGCCGCAGGUUUGGAUUUACGUGGUGGCAAUGACUGUGCUGAAACUUUGUGGGACUGAGGAGGUGAUUGCAGACCCUGACCCCAGCUUGUGCAAUGAAAUAGGCACCGGAGCCCCCGUCGUCUUUAUUCAGGGCGUCAGAGAAGAUAUAACAAACGGUUCUGUCAUUGAUUACGUGAACUUAACGGGUACACCACAACAAAUAGACCUGAGGAUUAAAACCCCUAGCGAAUAUCUAGACUUCAAUAGCGCCACCAGAGCCAUCAUACUGAAGAAACCAGUAGAUUUAGACAACAGCACGAACGUCCCAUCGAUAUAUAUCGUGCUAGAUUGUGUGGUAAAGGGAGCACAAGUUUUAAACAUCCCAGUCAGGGUAACAGUUAUAGUCACCGAUAUCAACGACAAUGCACCAAUAUUCCUGAAACCUAUUUAUACAGUAGAAAUAUCAGAGUUAACACCAGUGGGGACAACCAUUGUCACUGACAUCCUGGCUACAGAUGCUGACAAGGAUAACAGUUUUAUAGAAUAUUCUAUUUUACCUGGGCCAAACUCAACUUACUUUGACAUCCCAAUACCCGCCCAAGGCAAGGUGACACUGAACAGGUCCCUGGACUAUGACAGAGGUCAGAGGGCGAUGACAGUUGUCAUCAUGGCAAAGGACCACCCAGCCAAUGGGGACCCCCAGUUCAACACCACAGUGUUACUGAAGGUCAAUAUCACAGACGGAGAUGACCAGAAUCCUAAGUUCCUACACCCUGUCUAUGAGGGGACAGUCCUAGAAAAUGCCACCAGGAACACACAGGUUCAUAUGUUUACACCAAUAUUUGCCAUAGACCAAGACACGGGAAUAAAUACUGGAGUAUUGUACACCAUAGAGAGGAGUGACAGCACUGACACUGGUGACAGCAGCUAUUUUUACAUUGACCAUAGAACAGGGAACAUAUUUGUACAGAAAGAUACACUGUUCAGAGGGAGAGAGUUCUUCUUUCAAGUGAAGGCCACACAGCAAGACAACCCUGACAGAAAUGCACUCGCUGGGGUAAAAAUCAGAGUACAGGCUUCCAAUGUCAACCCUCCCAAGUUUCUUAAGGACACUUACUUUGCCACUCUGGUAGAGAACGUGCCCAUAGGCACCUCUGUACUCACUGUGUCAGCAAAGGAUAUGGAUUUCGAUGGGUCUCAGCCUCAGGGUUCCUAUCUCAGAUACAGUCUUAGGCCUGGCAAAGGCUCUGACAGAUUUCAAAUAGGAGAACAAAAACCGAUACAACACUGUUAA